CCCGGCAACCCAAUGUGACAAAUGAUAAUGUCAAUAAAAAAGUCACACCGCACAAGAGAAAAGGGGGCAAAAAUUCCAUUUACAACAACUCUCAAAAGAGUCAAAUUUUCCUUAAAGCCCCAAGGCUCAAUCUCUUCUACUCAUUCAACCCCAAGAAAAAUACGGUAAAUACCGAGAGGCGAGAGAUUUGGCUGUGCAAGUGUGCAUCCACUGUCGGCCGUUCGUCCACCGAUCCACCCACUGGGCCACCACCAACAGCAGUCAACACUCAUCACCUACUCCAGUCUCAACAUUUUUAAAGCUUUAAAGGCAUCUCUUCUUUAACUGUCUGACUGACUAUCAGUCGCGUACGUAAGAAUGGAGCAGAAUUUGAGGGAUGCUGCUGAGAAUUUGAGGGAUGCUACUCAAAAUUUUAGGGAUGCUACCCAGAAUUUGAGGAAUGCUGCUGAGAAUUUGAGAGUUGCUGCUCAGAAAGGAAGUAUUGAUGACUUGUACUCAUUGAUAGGGGAAGACGCAUAUAUUUUGGACAAGAUCAAUGAGACUCCAUUUGUUGAGACUCCUUUACACAUAGCUGCAUCUGAAGGACACAUUCAAUUUGCCAUGGAGAUUAUGCAGUUAAAGCCGUCAUUUGCUAGGAAGCUUAAUCGAGAUGGCUUAUCCCCCAUGCAACUUGCUUUGCAAAAUAGGCAAAUCCGACUGGUUCUCCUGCUGCUUGAUGUUGAUGAGGACCUUGUUCGUGUCCAUGGAAAGGGGGGUGUGACUCCUUUGCAUUACGUAGCUCAAACAGGAGACCUCGAUCUUUUGGCUAAAUUUCUAAAAGUUUGCCCCAAAUCUAUUGAAGAUGUAACAACUCGAAGAGAGACUGUCCUGCAUAUUGCCCUCAAAUACAAGAAGUUAGAUGCUUUUCAGCUCGUGUUGGGAUGGCUUCGGCGGGCCUGGUUUAGAAAUGCCUCACUGUGGGAGGAGAAGUUGCUGAACUGGCAGGAUGAGGAAGGCGAAACUUUGUUGCAUAUUGCAGUAUCCCAAAAUGAACCCCAGAUUGUGCGGUUGUUAUUGAAAUUUAGGUCAUCCUUGUUUCACGGUGAAGUUGAUAUAAGCGCCAAAAAUUCAAGAGGUCUUACAGCGUUUGACAUGUUGCAAGGGUUAUUGGUGGUUGUGCUGGACGUUUCAGUUUUUUUUCAGCGUCUUUUGAGAGUAGCAUCUGAUGCAGAUUACUUGAAAUCUCCUGUCCAAAUUGACGAGAAGAUAUUCAUAGCCUUUUUCCGUCUGAGAAAUGACAUUACAGAUGACACGCGCAAUAUGUUAUUGGUGGUUGCAGCGUUGCUUGUAACAGUCUUCUUCCAAGCAACAAUCAGCCCCCCUGGCGGAGUUUGGCAAGAUAACUCUGCUCCUACAACUAAAGCCACCAAUGCUAGUAGUGAAUACAGUCAAGCCACACACAUUGCGGGGACAGCAAUCAUGAAUGACCUCGUUUUCAGUGUAGUCGCGGGUUUAAAUGUUGCAUCCUUUAGUGCAACAGUCUUUAUAAUAUUCGUCCUUCUCCCUCCUAGUUUAAUAAGUGUGUUCUUCAUCGGACUCCUUUUUGCCCUCUUUUUGCUUUUUGUCAUGCCAUUGUGA